ACGUGUGUGUAUGUGCUUGACCUCGUGUGCAAGAGCAUGUGUGAGUGUGCUAGAAUGAGAAAAUGUAUUCUUAAGAUGUGAGUCUGUGUGCCGGAUGUGUGCGAAUCUUAGCUGGAGUGCGUGAAACUUCUGCCCCUGGGUUAGGGGCGGAGUGCAAACCAUUUAAGGGCUGCCCGGCACCCAGAAGAGGCUGCUGAGCCCCGGGCCAUGGUCCCCUCUCGCAGGACGUGGAACUUGGGAGCCACGCCUUCACUGCGGGGCCUGUGGAGAGUGGGCCGGGUCCAGGAGCCCAAGCCUGGGAUGGCUCGCCCCGCCCCAGCCAGCCCAGCCGCCCGCCCUUUCCCACACACCGGCCAGGGGAGAUCGAGAACUGGGCGUGGAAAGGACACCCUAACUGGUGGUGAGGAAGACUCCAGCACCCGAACUGCAGCUCGCCCGUCCCUGGCACAGUGUCGGGCCCUCAGUGUAGACUGGCCUGGCCCAAGGAGUCCACAUAGACUCUACCUGACAGUUCAGCAGGCCCUGCAGGACAAGGGGUCCGAGAGCAAGAGUCAGGGGACUAAAGAAGACAAGCUCCUGAAGAGGCAGGCGCCGGCCCCCAGGCGGGACCGGGAGGCCCCAGAAGCUGGUGGCGCCGUGAAUGUAGAAAACACAGGUAAAGGAGGUGGGCGGCUCUUUGGCAUCGGGAGGUGCUCAAGCCUGUCGGGGUCACCAGGCCCAGACCCCGUGGUACAUAGGACGGUGGAGGCCAUGUCCCAGCUUCAGGAGGAGCUGGUGGUCCUUCGGGAAAGGCUGGCCCUCCAUGACAGUGACCGGCAAGCCACAACUGCCCAACUGCAGAACCAGGUGGAGCAUCUAAAGGAAAAGCUCAUUAGCCAGGCCCAGGAAGUGAGCCGACUUCGAUCCGAACUGGGAGGCACGGACGCCGAGAAGCACCGUGACAGGCUGAUGGUGGAGAACGAGCAGCUGAGGCGGGAGCUGAGGCGCUGUGAGGUCGAGCUGCAGGAGCUUCGGGCACAGCCAGCGGUGCCCUGCGAGGGCUGCGAACACAGCCAGGAGAGCACCCAGCUCCGUGACAAGCUGUCCCAGCUGCAGCUGGAAGUGGCUGAGAACAAAGGCAUGCUGUCGGAGCUGAACCUGGAGGUGCAGCAGAAGACGGACCGGCUGGCAGAGGUGGAGCUCCGUCUCAAGGACUGCCUGGCUGAGAAAGCACAGGAGGAGGAGCGGCUCAGCCGGCGCCUGCGUGACAGCCACGAGACCAUCGCCAGUCUGAGGGCCCAGGCCCCGCCGGUUAAGUACGUCAUCAAGACAGUGGAGGUGGAGUCAUCCAAGACCAAGCAGGCCCUCAGCGAGUCCCAGACCCGAAACCAGCACCUGCAGGAGCAGGUGGCCAUGCAGCGGCAGGUGCUUAAGGAGAUGGAGCAGCAGCUGCAGAACUCACAUCAGCUGACAGUGCAGCUGCGGGCUCAGAUCGCCAUGUAUGAGGCAGAGCUGGAGCGGGCACACGGGCAGAUGCUGGAGGAGAUGCAGUCCCUGGAGGAAGAUAAGAACCGGGCCAUUGAGGAGGCCUUUGCACGGGCCCAGGUGGAGAUGAAGGCAGUCCAUGAGAACCUGGCAGGUGUCAGGACUAACCUGCUAACGCUGCAGCCUGCACUGAGGACCCUCACCAAUGACUAUAAUGGGCUCAAGCGGCAGGUUCGGGGCUUCCCCUUGCUGCUGCAGGAGGCUCUCAGGAGUGUCAAAGCUGAGAUUGGCCAGGCCAUUGAGGAGGUGAACAGCAACAACCAGGAGCUUCUGCGCAAGUACCGCCGGGAACUGCAGCUGCGCAAGAAAUGCCACAAUGAGCUGGUGCGGCUGAAGGGAAACAUCCGGGUGAUUGCACGAGUCCGGCCAGUCACCAAGGAGGAUGGGGAGGGGCCGGAGGCAACCAACGCUGUGACCUUUGACCCGGAUGAUGACUCCAUCAUCCACCUGCUGCACAAGGGCAAGCCUGUGUCCUUCGAGCUGGACAAGGUCUUCUCCCCAUGGGCCUCACAGCAGGAUGUGUUCCAAGAGGUGCAGGCCCUCAUUACCUCCUGCAUUGAUGGCUUCAACGUCUGCAUCUUUGCUUACGGCCAGACAGGUGCCGGCAAGACAUACACAAUGGAGGGGACCCCCGAGAAUCCAGGCAUUAAUCAGCGGGCCCUGCAGCUGCUCUUCUCUGAGGUGCGGGAGAAGGCAUCUGACUGGCAGUAUGACAUCACCGUCAGCGCGGCUGAGAUUUACAAUGAGGUCCUCAGAGACCUACUGGGGAAAGAGCCUCAGGAGAAGCUGGAGAUCCGACUGUGCCCAGAUGGCAGUGGGCAACUCUAUGUGCCGGGGCUGACGGAGUUCCGGGUGCAGAGUGUGGAUGACAUCAACAAGGUGUUUGAGUUUGGCUAUAACAACCGUACCACAGAGUUCACCAACCUGAAUGAACACAGCUCCCGUUCACACGCUCUGCUCAUCGUGACAGUGCGUGGUGUGGACUGCAGCACAGGCCUCCGCACCACGGGGAAGCUAAACCUGGUGGACCUGGCUGGUUCGGAGCGUGUGGGCAAGUCAGGGGCUGAAGGCCACCGUCUUCGGGAGGCACAGCACAUCAACAGGUCACUGUCUGCCCUGGGGGAUGUUAUUGCGGCCCUGCGUUCCCGACAGGGCCAUGUGCCCUUCCGAAACUCCAAGCUCACCUAUCUGCUGCAAGACUCUCUCAGUGGUGACAGCAAGACUCUCAUGGUAGUGCAGGUGUCCCCAGUGGAGAAGAACACCAGCGAGACCCUGUACUCCCUCAAGUUUGCUGAAAGGGUUCGCUCCGUGGAAUUGGGCCCUGGGUCCCGCCGCACAGAGUUGGGUUCUUGGUCAAGCCAGGAGCAUCUGGAGUGGGAGCCAGCUUGCCAGACACCGCAGCCAACAGCACGAGCCCACUCCGCCCCCGGCUCAGGGACCAACAGCCGCCCGGGCUCCAUCCGAAGGAAGCUGCAGCCAUCGGGGAAGUUGAGACCAGUGCCUGUGUGAGGAUGUGUCAUGCUGCCAGGCCUGGAGCCCGGGCUGGCUCCUGCUGUAACACCUACUACCAUGACCGCAGGAGAUGGAGGCCCGUGUGGAGGCUCUCCUGCCCUGCCUGUCCUCAGAGAUGAGAAACAUGUUCAGAAGGAAGCGAGUCUCUGUGUGGCUCUAGGCACCCAGGCAUGGGCUUCUGGAAGGGUAGGGAUGGCCCUCUGCCUGGGAGGCCGAGGCCAUGGAAGUCCAUCCCUUGCAGGGGAGGGUGGCCCCUACUAGUGGGGAAGGCUGAGGAACCGGCUGGGGGUUGGGGAGAGCAAGAGCAUCUCUGCUUACCCUCCUGAGGAGGGGGUCCCUCACUGGAGUGUGUAUAUAAUGUUCCUAGGUGUAUAGAGGAGCCCUCACCCUGUGGGGUCUGGGCUGUAUUUAUGGCUGGCAGAGGCCAGUGGACAGGGCUGGGUCCUGCUCAUCUGCCUGACACCAGGCACUCUCCCUGCCCACUGAUUCUCAACACGUUCCUCUCCCCGAAUCCUAUUUAAGAACUUUUGGAAGCUUAGCCAUUUUUACUUAUUAAAAUGAAUGUCUUUUUGCACAAG